GCACGAAAUGAUUUCCCGCCUUAUUUUACCACCAUGCUUCAAUCUUUCGAGCGCUGAUUCGGUGUUAAUCCAACUUUUCCCCUGAACUCCGCCGAGCAAAUUCCCGAUGUUAAUCCGAUACAGAAGAAGCGUAAGGAAAACUCAAGAUUUUACCCCAACCCCUUCUUCUCAACUCCAAUCUCGAGCGAACUCUGCUCUGCGAAAUGAGAAUCAGUUGUCCAGGAGCACAAUCCCUGCGUUCGUUCUUUCAAAUCCGAUUCUCCAUCUGCUCGAGAAAUGCAAAUCGAUCUCCCAGUUGAAGCAGAUUCAGUCUCAGAUGGUUCUCACGGGGUGGAUUGCAGACGGGCAGGCGUCCAGUCGUUUGAUCGCGUUCUGCGCGAUUUCGCAAUCAAGGGACAUCGAUUACUGCAUCUCGAUUCUGGAUUCGAUCGAGGAGCCAAACGCGUUCUCGUGGAAUUUCGCGGCUCGGGGAUGUGUAGAGAGUGGGUAUCCUGGGAAGGCAUUUGUUGUGUACAAGAGAAUGCUGGGUCGCGGGUUCAGGCCUGACAGUUAUACUUACCCGUUGCUGUUGAAUGCUUGCUUUGGGUUGGGAUUGGAUUAUUUGGGUCUUGAGAUUCUCGGGCAUGUGUUGAAGUUCGGGUUUGAUGGGGUUGUUGUCGUGCACAAUGCGACGAUUCACAUGUUUGCUUCUGUUGGGGAGUUGGGGUAUGCACGCCAGGUGUUCGAUGAAGGUCGCGUGAGAGAUUUGGUUUCUUGGAAUUCGCUGAUUAAUGGGUAUGCUAGGAAGGGGAAGGCGAGGGAGGCGAUGAGUGUUUAUAAGGAGAUGGUGGAGGAGCAGGUGAAGCCAGAUGAGGUGACGAUGGUUGGGCUCCUUCUAGCUUGUGCACAGUUGGGGGAUCUGAAACUGGGAAGAGAUUUCCAUGGCUAUGUUGAAGAAAACGGAUUGAGAUUAACGGUUCCCCUCACAAAUGCACUUCUGGAUAUGUAUGUGAAGUGUGGUGAUCUUGCCGCUGCAAGAGCUCUGUUUGUGAAGUCAAAAGAGAAAACUGUUAUAUCAUGGACUACAAUGAUUGUUGGAUACGCAAAAUGUGGAUUUUUGGAGACAGCGAGAGAGAUUUUUUACGCCAUGCCAGAAAAGAAUGUUGUCUCUUGGAAUGCUAUUAUGGGAAGUUAUGUCCAAGCCAAGCGUGGCAAGGAUGUGUUGAUUUUGUUUCAUGAAAUGCAAGGUAGCGAUAUACACCCGGAUAAGGUGACCAUGGUUCAUUGUUUAUGUGCUUGUUCACAGCUUGGCGCACUCGAUACUGGAAUGUGGAUUCAUCGGUACAUUGAAAAGCACCAGCUUCCUUUAGAUGUUGCUUUAGCGACAGCUUUAGUUGACAUGUAUGCAAAGUGCGGGAACCUCCCAAAGGCUAUUGAUGUUUUUCAUAUCAUGCCAGGGAGAAACACCAUGACUUGGACUGCUCUCAUUUGUGGUCUAGCUUUCCAUGUACAUGCACUUGAUGCCAUAUCCUACUUCCUGAAGAUGCUCGAUGCUGGUUUGAUGCCGGAUGAAAUCACCUUCAUUGGUGUACUAUCUGCUUGUUGCCAUGGUGGGUUGGUGGAUGCAGGCCGUGAGUAUUUCGACCAAAUGACGUCCAAAUUCAGUCUCCGUCCUCAGCUCAAACACUACUCUUGCAUGGUGGAUCUUCUCGGUAGGGCUGGUUUACUGAAAGAAGCACUAGAUUUGAUUGAGAGCAUGCCGAUGGAGGCAGAUGCUGCAGUGUGGGGUGCACUGUUUUUUGCUUGUAGAAUUCAUCAUGGAAAUAUUGUCAUAGCUGAAAGGGCAGCUUCAAAGCUCCUCGAGCUGGAUCCCCACGACAGUGGGAUUUAUGUGCUGCUGGCAACCAUGUAUAGAGAGGAAAAUAUGUUUGAAGAGGGCAGAAAAGUGAUGAAAAUUAUGCAGGAAAGAAGAGUGGAGAAGAUCCCUGGGAGUAGUUGCGUUGAAGUUAGUGGCAUUCUUUAUGAGUUUAUCGUUAGGGAUAGAUCGCACCCACAAACUGAACUGAUCUAUGAGUGCUUAACUCAAAUGAUUAAGCAGCUGGAGUCACUUGAUUUCCAAUUUGAAGAUGCAGCUUUCUGCUAAUGUACAAGGUUGGUAUUCAUUUGCACCAUUCACUAAUCUGCUUUUGUUUUCACGAAGUUAAACUGGUUUAAAAGUCAAGGUAAAAUGGUGAGGACUGAGGAGGGUGAUUGAAGUUUUUGAAUCGUUGCUGGUGUGGGAGUCAUGGCUUUGUCAGCCUAUUUUGUCAUUUAUCCUCACCUAAUAAUCUUCACACCCAUCUGGCAGGAAGGCUAUAAAGCAAAGAGGCUUCCAAAUUCCAAUUAUUGAGUUGGAGGAAAAAUUAUUCUUCAGACAGGUAACUACAUUGGGAUUGUCUUUUAUAUGUUUUACCUCAUCUUCACUAGCUUAGUUCUUCUUGAUGGCAAGUGCUGAAUUUAUUAUUUGAUCUUAAGUCCUUAACCCGGUAAGCUUUAAGAAUUGAACAUUAUAAAAAAAGCUUUGAAGACAGUCAAGUCAAAGGAGACUCUGGUGACCUAGUUGCCACCAUCACCAUGGUAAAUUAAGCUGCAUAGGUUAGAUUUGUAUGAUCCAAAGAGUUAAGAGAGUUGUUAGUGCAAUGAUGUGCAUAGAACUCCUACUUAAGGAACAGCAGCGUGGGUGGGAAGGGGAAACAUGUUCUAAUUAAUUAUGUUAAAAUUAUAUGACAGAGUCACAAAUGUUGAAAAUGAAUUAACCUUGGGGAAAAGGGGAAAAUGGAAAUGUUAUAGAAAGGGAUCCAAUGUUGGCAUGUAAGAGAGGGAAGAGUUUUUUACUCCAGAAACAGAGAUUCACUCUUGACAGGUUCUGGAGGCAAAACACGAAGAAAAAAAAAAAACAAAAACACUAAAAGAUGGGGUCAACUAUCAUAUUCGAGCACUUAACUUUGGGGUGACUAACACAUUAGUCACUAAACUUAGUAAGUUUGAAAAAGAAAACAUUAUUGUCACUUUGUUCAUCUUAAGUUAGGUUUUUAGUCCAAAUAGUUUAUGUUAGUGUAUCAAUUCAUGGUGAUUUGGGUAAAUGUUUUGGAAUUGGAUCGAUUCAAAGGUUUGAUUCGUCCGAGUCCAUGUAACCUCCACAUCAUUGAUUUAUGUGAAUCAGUACUCUAAUUUGGAUGGAACACAUAACAUAAAUAGAUGAAGUAAUUGUUGAGUUAGUUAUUUUUUAACUUCAAUAAUAAGUUUGUUAUAAAUUAAAGUAUCAGUGACUGAUAAGGUAGCUCCAGAGUUUAGUAACCAUCUAAAGUAUCAGUGACUGAUAAGGUAGACUCCAGAGUUUAGUAACCAUCUAUAUAAUUGACGAAAAAAGGGUGACGGGGUGGAUAUCAUAUGCAGUAAUUAUCAUCUGUCCUUGCUUGCACGCAAUGUUUCAUUUUUCUCGCGCUUCUCAUCUUUUAUGUUCAUUCACAUUCACAUAUUCAAUUGUUUUGUUCCUCCCUCAUGCCUAUUUCUGUUUUUGUUUUGUCAUCACUCGUCUUCCCCACAUGCCUGACAGCUUUUGUUGGUCUCUCUCUAGUGGCCUGGUGGCCGUUUCAUUUGUUUGGGGUCAUAUGGCCCCAUAGCCAUCUGUCAUUGCUAACCUGAAUUUCACCAACGAGAAAUCUUGAUCUGGGUUUGUGCUCAGAGACCCAUCUGGCUGCCUUGAAUAUGCGCAAAGUUACAAGUUUAGGGAAUGUCAUUUCUGUUGGGUAGUUGGAAGUGUUUCCUGGUUUUAGGUGAGAAAACUAGGGUAAGAAGCUUUCUAAAAACUAGCCAUUUGGAUUUGCUUACCAGAAUGGGGUAUUUCCUAGUCACAGCUUAUCAUCUUGAAUUCCCUUGAUGCAUACUUCACCUAACAACAGCAGCAUCUAAGUUGGUGACCCAAAAUUUGCUGAUUUAGGUCUCGAAAGAGUUUUGGGAGACUAUGGAAUGUGAUGAAAUGAUGGGGGAUUUUGCGUGGGGGGAAAUUUCAUAGUGGUGGACCUAAUCAGUGACCAGAGCUGCCACAUGACCACCUUCUUUUGCUUCUAUGCCCUGCCUUUUGGAAUAAUUUGCUUUUGUUACUUCAAGCCAUUUAAGCUUCUUGGGUUCUUCUUCUCGAGCACAUGCUAAUUUCUUUUAGGGCUGGGAUAUAUAUGUAUAUACCAAAUCCAAAAUAAAACAAUACAAAAGUUGGAGUCUUGAAGUGUGGGAUUUGCUAUGUUUUCUUGAUGAUUUGAUUCUUCUAUCUCUAAGUAUCUUUGUUUUGUUUGGACUAACUGAUAUUGAUCAUGAGAGUUUCACGAUUUACAUUCAAUUGGAUUGGACUAAUUGAUAUAUAAUUGAAUUAGAUCUGACAAGAUAGACGAUAAAAAAUGUUGUGAACUUAAUCAAAAUUCAAUCAUCAAAAUUUACUUAUGAUUAAGUUUUAAUUGUAUUGGUUCCAUUUUUGAACCCUGGUUUAGUUCAAGCUUUCUUAAUCUUCAACAUUUUUAAGUGCAGGUUGGCUUUAAUUUUCUUCAUUCAUGUGCUUUUCUGGAAGGAGCUCAAGGUUAUGAGGUUUGGUUUACUCUAGCUUAAUUCAAUUAAAUGAAAACAAGUAAUGGAAAAUCAUCACAUGAUAUCCAGCUAAUUUUAAGCAUACUUCCAAAGCCUUUUUCGUCUUCAUAAUUCAUAUCAUGUCAUAUCUGUGUGUUUCUUCUAAAUUCCUUUUUUCCUCUUAACUCAAGCAGCUACCCUUCUUGCAGCGUAGGAAUGGUUUUGGUGACCUUCCUUUCAACCGUAAGUCACAUGAACCUCACUCUCAGUUUUAAUUUGAGUUAAGUAGAUAGUGCUGAGUUUUAUUAUAAAUUUAAUCGUUAUAAGUUAAGUGUCAGAGCAAAAUUAAAUAUUACAAUAACUCGAAUUCAGUCUAUAAUACAUCUUAGUAGUAGUGAUUAUGCAUGGGCAAUUAGGCACUAAUUUUGAAUUUCUAUCUAAACACCUAUUUAAAGUUUACCACUUUGAUUUCUCAAUUCUUCCCAUAUCGACUGACCCCACCAUUGAUUGUGAUCUUCAGCUCCCCCAACCAUAAAUACGAGGAAUAUAU